AUGUUCCCCAUCAGCCAAUGCGCUUUCACACCCAAAGGCCAAUCGCGAUCGCUCGAAGAGAAACGAGCUGUUCUCGGGUGCUUUGUCUUGAGUUCAAUUGUUUCUGUAUACUUUGGCCACAUUGACCCGAUGCAAUGGACGCCUUACAUGGAUGACUGCAUCAACGAUUUAAUGCAGAGCAAGGAAUCUCCAUACGACGAGAUUUUUGUCCACCAAGUCAGGCUGCAGCGUAUCGUUGGAGAGGUCGAGAGUGUGAGGGAGGCAACAAAGGCUCCAGCAGACUUCUAUUUAAAGUUCCUUCAACAAAAGGUGGACGAGGUCAAGGCUAGUAUGCCAUCACGACUGCAGCACGAUCGAGUACUCUCCGCCUCGGUGUUCUACACCGAGCUAUCAGUAUUCGGCCUGGUUCUCUCCCGAAAAAGUCCACCAGGGUUCCAACGACUCGAGUAUCUCUACUCAUGCCUCAACACAGUUAAAUCAGCAACAGAGAACUUCCUCACAAUCCCAAUCCCCGAUUAUCCCGGGAUCUCGUUUCCAGUUUUCACACAACUCGUUCGGUACAUCAUCGUUCUUUAUAAGCUCUCCACCCUUAAUGAUCCUGUCUGGGACCUCGGCUUGGUGAAAGCGAAUAUCGAUGUGAUCCAAGUAAUCGACCAAGUGAUCCGCAAUAUUGAGCAAGCCAUGUCAGAGAUUGGCGAGCAAUGCUGCGGCGGAACCAUGGAACGCGCUAUAGGGAUAUUUUUGAGGUUUAAGUCAUGGUGUCUGCCAAAUAUUCCCGCUGGUACAGGGCCGGUUGCUGAGGAAGCCGAGAAUGUUAAUUUUCCUGAGAUGGGAGGAGGUAACACACAGCUUGACGCUCUGUUCUUGGAAGACUGGUGGUUGAAAGAUAAUUUGUUCUAUGGUUUGGAGGAAAUUCCCUGA